UCUCCGGUCCAGUUUGCAUUUUCAGGUUUCUUGCCAGGUAGCCUGCUAAGGACAAUAGAAAACUACGUUUUCUAUCGCCAGCCGCCCCGCUCACUCUGUCUUUCUUCGCGUUUUCCUCACGGGACUUAUCCCUCCUCUCUUUUUUCCACUCGUAUCCUAGCCCGCAGCUUAACUUUUCCCACCAGGCUAUCGCUGUGUGUCCUUCCAAAUUACAGAUCUCUCCUUGAUACAAGAGAGAGAAAUAAAAAGAGAUUAUAAUGUCCCAACCGCGAAAGAUUCGUUCCCAUCACCUCAUAGGGGAUUGAUUCCACGUGAGUGCGUCUUCACUUCUAUUCCCGCGGCUUGCUUCUGAGUGCCGGGCUUUUUCCCUUCGUAUUUUCCACUGCCGACGUAUUCGGUGUCUCUGUUUCUUUGCAGGGUACAAUAUAGGCAGGUAGACGUUCAGGUGCGUAGAACUCAUUAGGCAUUUCUUGCAGGAUGAUAUAAAGGUCUAGAGUUUCAGUCCCGUUCAUUAUACCUAGAUGAGAAGGCGGGAUGCACGGUUUUCCUGUGGUUGCACAGGUCGGGGGAUGUAGCCCAGUUGAGUUUCUCUGGUGAUGGUAGAAUGGAGUUGGGCAUAUCUACAACCCAACAAAUUUCUGCCAAGCUCUACCAAGCAACAAACGAGCCUUAGCAGCUGUGGUUAUAUGCGAAUGUAGCCACAUUUCGAGGUUCGUUGUUGGCGUCGCACUCGAGUGCCGCUGGGAUUGCACACACACCCGAUCGUUGUCCUGUAUAUAGGGAACUGCAAGGUAAAGAAAGGGUCUGGAUGAUUGCCCGUGAGGGAGGCAAAAAUAACCACUAGAAUAAAAUUCUGAGCGGAUUUUCACAGCUGGCCAGCUAAAGCCGCGUCUUUAUGGAAGCCUCCUUCGCUAAUUCUAUGCGGAACCCUCGGUCUAUCUUCGCUGAAAGUGCCCGCUUCGAUUCAGUCGCGAUGUAUGACAAUGAAAUCGUGUUUCACGCCCGAAUACUUUACAUUGUCGAAUUUAGAGCAUCCCCUUGGGGGGGAUCUCGGUAUCUAACCGAUGGACGAAUCAUCUUUUCGAGAAUUUAUCGACAGGUCUUGGCUGUGGUGUAUUCGCGCAGGCGUACUUCGACUUCGUUUUUUCGGUAGUCGAUACAUAUUUGGUUUUCGUUUUACAACGUUCCGGACGUUUUCCAUUUCUAAACUAUUCCAAUAUUUCCGCCUUGCGAUGACGCUUGAAGUGUGUUACAAGGUACAGCUUUUCCAGAGUUAUUUCACCCAUUGAGAAAGUGGGAUGAUCUUUGAACAGUAUCAAUUAGUGUAUGUUAGAUGUAUUUGUUUUACCUGUUUGAAGCAAGCGAUCUAUAUCUGUGACCUGAACGGCUAUAUCGAAUAGUUUAUCGAUGACCGUUGAAAAGGGCUGACCUUGGGUCACUUAGUUACUGGUCCUGGACUGACUUCGUUAGAUUCGCUUUUUGUUUUUGCAGCUCAUCUUUAGUGUCUAAGACGUACCGUUAGAUAUCCCAUAUGGAGACGAGAUGCUUUGUUUCGUUCAGAAUCUUCCAUAAUUAUGGCAAUCGUUCCACCGUUUGAAAUGUAGUUAUCCCACAUUUUCUAUUUUUAAAAAAUUAUUAUUGAAAAACAAUAGUUUCGCGGCCAGUCUACUCUUCCGGUGUUUGUAUCACUAUCGCUCCCAACUUUAGAGGAGUGAUUUUUAUUAUUAGACAAUGUCCUCACUUUUAAACUCGGGGUUCUCUAAUGGCAAUCAAUCUGCCUCUGGUCGUAAGUAGCGACGACGAUUUGAUGCAAAUAUCUGUCUAACCUGUUUCUUUAAUGGUGUGCGCUUUGACGUUAUCCGUAUUUUCCGUUUAAAAAAAUCCAGCUAAGCAAAUACGAUGCAUUUAAAUCUCUGAAUUAUACUUUAAUAAAAUGCAAAUCUCAGAACACUUCGAAUAGAAGCCAUGGCGCAAUAUGGCCAACUAGCGGUUCUGAGAUCGUAGGCCGUGCUAUAACCUAGCAAUCUGCGUUAUUCCAUAUUGUUAACCCCUAUGAACAAUAUUGAUUGUUGAUAGGGUCGACAACUAACCACCUAAAAACGCAUAUGAACAGCUUGGACCGGAAACAGACGUGGAAAAGUACGAUGGAAGAAACCCUAGCUUGCUUCGAGCCCUUCGACGCCUCGCUCUCUAUAGACAAUAGUGAUAAUAACAUUUGGGCAAGCUAUGAUCGCCGUGUGUAUUCUGCUGAUUCUCUGAUCGGCAGAAACACGAACGGCGCCAGCAACGACAUUACCGGACUUUAAUCAUCAUUCCAUGAACUGUUUAUAGUUGAGAAGCAUGAACUUCUUUGGAAGCGACAUCGAUUCAAGCUGGACUCAUCUGUCAGCCAUUACGUGACACAGUCGAGGAUGAUUUUGCGUGGACGAUACAGGUAAGCGCGUCGAUCUGUGUUGCUGACAUUUUCCUCAACGUGCAGAUCUAGCUGAGAACUCAGGCUUAGGCGGCUCUUUUGCAGGACACCACAAUGCCGUCGAGUUCAAAUCGCCCGGGCAUGCUUAAUGCCUACAAGCUUCUCGUUCUAUAACUCGUCGGCAGCGAUCCGACACCGAGCAGGUCGGAGUUUGAUGCAAAGAAACAGCCACUAUCAAAACACAUCCAAACCGAACGAGUUUCCAGAUCGCAGAAAUCGGAUGCUGACAUGACAGCCCGAUAAUGCGGAACGUCGCUAGGUGUACUAUGCGUUGAUUUAUUGACACUUAAACAUGUUAAAUGGGGGAUAGACGACGAGGCAGAUAGCGGCAAUCUAUACGACGAUAAUGGUGAUGCUAACGUCAUGGCAAAGCUGUAAACAGACAUCGACUUCCGGGAAUUAUUCCUAAUAUUAUACCUACAACCGUAACAAUAACAAAUGCAGACAGAAUAGGUUGUCAGUACAAAAUCGAAGGAGGAUCAUCGACGUUCGUUUUGGUGCUUGGUUGCUUUUCGUUUAGGCUUCAGCUACUCUCCGUAUAUGUUGUGCGCGUCCUUCUAAGCACUGCCUCUGAUACAGUUGCUCCUGCUGUCGUCGUCUUCGUCGUCGUCGUGAAAUAGCGUUACGACGUCAAUCCACCUACGAUGCAGAAGCGAGAUUGAAGACUGUCGCUGACUUCUGAUUGCCGGCCGCGUGUACAACAUGUACACUUGUUGCUGGUGCCUCAGCUUUCCAACGUUUCGUAUCGUAAAGUUAAACGAUCAAUUACAGCUCUUUGGGCAAUAUUUGCCUGGUACAACCGUGGAGUAUUUUUGACUAUGCAAAGUCAGUGCUGCAGCAGCAGCAGUAACAACGCACAGAUAUCACCGGUACACACUUCAAAUGACUAUGGCUGCUGACAAACAACCCCCACGUAUGUUUAUCAAUCCGACCGAGUAGAAGACUAAGAAUUAGCCGGUACAUGUUGCUUCUUGUACGCGGAGUGAUCCUUCCUGCCUUCAAAAUGCCGCGAGUGAAUUUAGAUGGAUAGGGAAAAAUAAUUGCGAUCGGUUCUUGCGCUUGAUAGGCAUUAUUUCGUGGGCUCACUUUGCCAGCCGCUGCAGAAUUAAUGACCGACUGACGGACACUCACUUAAGUUUUUGUUCUUUCGCUUUUUUCUUCAGCUGCUCGUCGUUUCAGCGUUUGUCCUCAAUUGCGCGCUGCGUUUUUUCAUUUGGCGUCUUCUUCCAGCCACGGCAGUUUUCUACGGCGGCAGAAGAACCAGAUAGGCUAUCACCGUUGUUUCUACUUCUCCAACCUUCAUCACCGCCAUCUUGAGCGUUCUACAACAGCUAUCAGCCAACGCGACGGAUCGACAUCACUUUUCGUUUAUGUGGCCCCGCCUCCUUCUGGGCGGCACCACCCUAUUGCCUUUGAUGGCGCUCCAAUCGAUUCCCUGCAGCUUCCCGCGGCUGCAACCGUCCCUUAGGUCCGCCCCAUCUCACCCUCGCGGCGGCGAGUGGUCGCGCGUCGGUAGAGGCUCGCGCCGCUAGACGUCGGGUUGGCCGUCGGUUCUCGCUCUCUGUGGAUUUGUGUGCGCCGAGUGGCUACAGCCGAUAUGCGGUGCUAUCAACGACCGCCGCGUCGGUGCGUUUGUGUGUGUGCGCGUAUCGAAGACCAACGACAUUGAAGUAACCUCGGUUUGUUGCUGCUGCUACCACCGCCGCCGCCGCCGCCGCCGCCGCCGACGCCGCUACAGCCGCUGCAUAGCCAGCAUCGUAACAGCAUACGCCGCCAGCGCGUCGUCCAUACGACGGUCCCGCCGUCUACAGCACAUGUGCGUUCCCUGUGCGUCAAAGCUGCCCGUGUGAGAGUGGCUGUGUAAAGUCGUCGUGGCCUGUGUGUUUCGAGGGGAGACUGCGGUUCUACUGUGCGUCUGAGGAAGUAAAUGAAGUAACGGCAAGCGACGCCUAAACCCGAGAGGCUCAGGCUUCGUUGGUGUUUGCUGCGUUAGGCUCUGCCUGCCAAUGUACAGCCAAUCCGGCCAAAAGUAGCUACGAAGCUGUCGUUUCGUUUCAACGGGCAAUAGCAGUAGUAGAACGACGAAAGCAAAAAACGCAUGGGGGUUGAGUGCUGGCUAACAGACAGGCUCCCCCGACACGGUGGCCCGAAGAACUUAUAGCUAAGAGCCGAGAGCUAACAACCCUGGAGCACAGCUCUCUCCCCGGUUUUACACCACCAACAAACAACAGGCGGCUGCCGCUGUGGACUUACUGCUUGAGGCCUGCGCUCUGAGCCGGCGGCCAGACACCAACGAUUGGCCGGCGCAGGCCCAACUGCCCCGAACUUCUGGCGACCACAGUGAAAGACAUACACAACUCAUAUGUCCUACAUCUUCAGCACUCAGAAACUCUGAAGCAUUUGGGUCUUUGCCAGGCUUCUUCCCCCUUGAAUCGCUGCCGCCCUUACGGGUAGUAGCUAAGCGUUUGGCAGGCUUUUCCAUCCAAUACCAUACAUCCUCUGGCAGCCGUAGUGGCUCUUUGAGCCCCCACAGCCCUUUUUCCCUUUUCUCCACUAACAAGGGCGACCAGGCUUUCAUACGAGUUAGGUCGUGCUGUUUUCCCUGUUGUCGGUUCUGCCUACCCCAUCAGUUCUUUCCCGUUUGGCCUUUCCCCAACGGGUGGAUUCGAUUGUGCUGCCUAGUCCUAGGCUAGGCCUGCUGUUCCGUCGUCUCGGAGGCCUGUCGGUCUUGUAUCGUUUCUCAACUCGACGGCUGUUCACAACGCCGGCCAUCGUCAUAGUCGCAGCGGGCGUACAUUGCUGCUAUAUGCACCCGGUUACUCAGGCCCCGAGUUUCGCACGGCCUCGACAAGAAGAGGCGCGAGAGAGGCGUCCCGUACAAAGCGACACAGGCCGACAUUACAGCGAGGAACCACCAGCCUUAGCGACGAAUGCGAUAACGAUGAGAGCUUCCAACAACUGUAGAUUGGUCCUGCCGCUACAGCAUUGCGGCUCGAUAGCUUGUGUAGUUGCUCUGCUAUAUCGGCGCUAAGACAGAUCGCACAAUACCGUUUCAGUUUAGCCGUUACUCUUAGUCCCUAGGCAUACGGGACGUUUCUAGACCGCCCACGUUAUACUCCAACUGCAUAGACCUCUAGAAAACAAACCAAGAACAAAGCCAGAUCGACCGUGCAACGCGAACAUCAACUGGUAGCUUGGUAGUAAACGCGUUGUGCGCGCAAACCAUCCGCUCCGAUCUGUUUCACUUUUCCCAGUGUUCUCCCGCCAGUAUUUCUGUGCGUAUUUUGCCGCUACGGCGUUCUCGUAGCUUUGACAAUCGUGUGGCGCUGGCUGGCUGGCUGGCUGGCUAAGUUUUUGCGUGUGUGCUUAUUUGUGUGUAUCUGUUUAUUUACCGUUGGUCCGUGUGUUCCUUGCCUGGGUAUGUCUGAAUGUGUAAGCCUUGACCCUCCGGAGUGUUGAUGCUGCUAGCACCAGACAAUCAACCAGCGAAGCAAACAGGCGCCCUGUUCUCGGCUGAUACUGCUUUUGCUUUACUUUGUCAGAAGGCAGCAGCAGCAGCAGCAACAGUACGGGGCCACAUCACCAUCGAGAAUCGGCGUCUCGCACAAGAUACUACUAUCAGAAUUAACGGCGCCGCCGAAGCUGGUCGGCAGCCGCAGUAGCUACGGCGCGGCCGCCCGCCCGCCAGCAGCGAACGCGAACAUCAUCACCAUUAUCAGCGACGAGCCCCAAACGACAGCAGCUGCCAAACGCAGCAGCGGCGGGCGCUAGCAGGAGCACCAAACCGACAAAGUGGCAGCAGCAGUAGCAGCAGCUCUGGCCAGCUCGUGUUUCUCCGUUCGUCCGCGGCUCGUUGCUGUCCUGUGACUACGCCGACUGGCUUCAUCCCUUUCUUCAACGACGGCAGUGAGCGUCCGUUGGUUCAGCCCAGCGAGCAGCGACUGAGUCAGCGGACGAACGAUCCCCGCAAGCGGAUGGUUGCAUUGGAGCACCACUGAGUUGUUGUUCGUUCCACAGCACUAACAGCCGCUGACGACUGCUCGUAACGCUGGCUGUAAGGGACUAUAGCGGUACAGACAGCUUCUAGCGAUAUAUAUUAGUCAAACUACUUAGCUCAAUAGUGGAGAGGAGGAGAACAACUGGAACAAAGAACAGAGGCGAAAGUCAGGGUAUCGCCGGUACCCUACGAAGAACCGCAUGUAGGACAACAAAAACAGGACAGCAAACCGGCAGGCCGAAUCGACGCACCGCUUCAUUACCAGAUCGAUCUCUUGCUUGUCCGAUCGGUUCCAGCAACUGCAUUGUGCUCUGUGGGCCUCUGUAAGUAUUUAUGUGCGGGUGUCGCUUUUCGGUAAGCGAAACAAAGUGGACGAAACGGCAACAAGAAAAAAAUUUCAUUAUGGCUAAAAACAAAGGUUUUACAAGUUACAGAAGGUAAAGUUCUUCGGCUUGUUGUUUAUGCAGAAGUUACGAAAAAAAAAAAACGUGAGGUUACGCCAGUACAUCGCCAUUACUCUGGCCGUUCGGCAGAUAUGAAGUGUACGCGGUUCAUCUGUCCAUCAGAGUUAGUUUAGCGCAGGAGGAACGGUGAUCCAUGUCUUCUCCGCUUUUACCAUCGUCAAGCUGCGAGAUGCCAUUUUAAUACAUCGUGAACAAGAUUAUAACAGUAAUCAGCCAGAGCAAACGAGCACGAAAUCGACUUGCUUGUGAAUAAUGCAAGAAUCUGCAAAGAAAACGGUCGUCCCAACCACUCAGAUCUACCGCGCAAACAAAAAGCGUCGUAAGAAUUAGCUAUCAUCGCCCUGUGGGCCACCGUUGAACCGAGGAAACGUCGGACGCGCUCGUUCCUGGAUUGACUGUGAUACUGAGGAUAUGUAGGAUGAAAGAUAGGUCGUAUCGUAGGUAUAUCAUCUCAGUGGUGUGCGCCAACUCCACGUAAUUCAGGCCUAGUGGACGUCAGCAGGAUAGCGAGCGCGACCUUUCUGCGGCUUCCCGUAGUCAAAGUGAAUAGGUGUCUUCGUUUCUGUUUUUGUUGGUGGUUCGCCGCAGAUGUUCAAGCACUCGGAACGGCCCGUGGGCAAAAAUGGGCAGUGUUCAAUGUGAAAGAUGAAUAUGUCGGCAGGCCAUCAUCAAUAAGUAUGUUGUUUGUUGCAAUGUGCGUGGUAUCGUGUGCAUGUUACGCCAUGCGCAGAUGCGCUCAACUUUGCGUAAAAGCUUCAUAUCGGUGCGCGUCGUCUCGAGGGAAAAAGAAAUCAUCAAAUGAUCUUGUGCUCCCGAGUGUCUCUAUUAUCAUCUUCUGUGCCUCUAUAAUUGCGUAGGUGGCAGAAAAAAAGCUUCCGAAGUGAUCUGCUGCAGUGAAAAUAAAUUUUUCAUCAUCAAAUAUAAUUUUGUUAUCUAGCUUCUAGUGCCUCGAUUACCAAUUCAUCAAGAAUGGAUAUAAAUGACUCUAAAUAGAUUGUGCGCUUGGUAUCUCCUGUUCGUGCACUUCCCUCAGUACGUAUCUACUCUAUUAUAGAAUUGAGCACCAUCGAUUCUGUGACUCUGCUAUGUGUAUGAUGAUUUAAAAAUAGCAGCUAUGAGCCUUGGGGAUCGUUUCCAGUUGAAACCAGUUCUCUGAAAGUAUGAAAAUUGCUGAAAUAAAGUGAGGUUCUCAAGCAAGUGCGUGCAAUGGUUGUCUAUAUCGUGUGCACAGUAUGCGCCCCGUGCAGUUGAGCUGGAUAACAAACAGUUAGUAAUAAUAAUAAUAGUAAUUAUAACAUUGAUAAACGGACUGGGCCCUCAGAAAACCCUCGGCUUAUAGUCAAAGCAAGGGCUCAACUCUAGCACGUAAAGGGUGGAGCACCAUUGGAGAUACUCCCUCGUUGCGAAACAACGACAACGGAGCAAUCUGGCCAAAGCAACGUCCACUGUCCCGGUCGUCUCUAUCUCAAGAUUCGUUACGAGGUGGUUCCUGCCAGAGGUACUGGGGGCGCCAAUCCAGCCCUUUUCUAGGACAAGGCCAUAGAGAAAAGACACGCACAGUCUAAGCGGAUUUUUUUCACGCUCAAGGCAGAGAGCCGACCUAGUUUGUUGGCUGGGUUCGUGUUGUUGGACAAAGCUGAGGUUUUACGGGCGGUGAAGAUCGUCGACGAACUGCGACAAAUUUCGCCACUAUCAUCAGCAGCUUCCUCUCAAUCGACCAGCCCGUACUUUUCCCCUGUCACUGCUUGCACUGUUAGCGACUAGCGGAGUUCCGGUUGUUGCGGUGUGGCAACGUUGGCGGGCGCUUGUGGCUUGGCGGUGCCGCUCGGCGCGCCGUCGCCGGUGCGGGGCAAAACACCUUCGCCCCAGGGGCGGUUGCGGCCCCUUUCGCCGGUGACGUCGGUCGCCAGUGACCGCGAUCUUCGAGAGCCACCCCCUCUUGAGCUGCCUCUAACUCUAUCGAAAGGUAGCAACACAACUAGCUCUAGCAUACACCUGGGGACAACUGGCCCGCACCACAAUCAGACUUCAUCCGCACUACUGAACGAAGGCACGAGUUGUCCCGGUUCGGUAGGUUGUCCUACAGGAGUGGGUGCAAUGGCCUAUCAUUUGAAGAAUCCAGCUGCCACAGCCGCUGCCUACAACGGCAUCAGUCAUCUGACAGGAUCAACAGUUGAUCUCUUACAUUCAUCACCGGUGCACGCUUAUCCACCUCAUACGCCGAUUCGUGUCCUAGACAAGUAUGGCCGUUCGGAACCUGAUUGGGAAUCGCAGAUGAUCGAAGAUGCGUGGUAUUCGUCAGCCGGCUGUCAUCCAGGGGGAGGUCCGGCGCCGCGUAAGCAGCGCCGCGAAAGAACGACGUUUACGCGAGCUCAGUUGGAUGUCCUCGAGACUCUCUUUUCGAAGACUCGCUAUCCCGAUAUCUUCAUGCGGGAGGAAGUUGCGGUAAAAAUUAACUUACCCGAGAGCCGGGUGCAGGUUUGGUUCAAGAAUCGACGUGCCAAAUGUCGACAACAACGGCAACAAAGCCAAGCACAGGCUCAAACGACGAACGCAACUGCUGGUUCGGGUGGCAAGGCAAGCCGUCCGAAGAAGUCAAAAUCGCCUCUUCCGCCAGCCACGGCACUCUCGAUGAGUCCCGGCAGAGGUGCCUCGCCCUACAAGCCGCCGGCACUCGCUAUGACGCCACCUAUUGGUCCAAUAACGGCGCUAAGUAAUGCAGCGGCUUCUAUGGCGAACGGAGCAUCGAUCUGGUCUCCGGCGGCAUGCGACUUCGGCGGUCCUCCUCUGCCGCCGCCCACAGGGGCGAUGCAAACCAGUCACCGUACGUCCAGCGCUAUGAGUCCCCCACCAAUGGGUGCCGUCGGUCUGGGGGGCGUCGUUUCCAUGGCAACGAGUGCCCAUCACCCAUCGCAUCCUUCACAUCCAGCUCAUUACUCUUUACCCCAAAACAGCAAUACUCCUCCAGCCCCAGGUUACCCCCCUCCAUCUGCUUAUACAACUGGGUCGUAUUACCCAAACUGCAUCAACCUCGAUUACCUCGCGCCAACCUCGGCGUCCCCGCGCAGCACUGACUCGCCGCUGUACAAGGCACCGGGUGGCAGCACAGGCAAUUUCUCCCCAGGACCAGCGGGCGCGCCCGGUUCGACGGGUGGCUACCCACUAUCGCAAGGAGGGCCACACGCCACAAAUUUUGCCACCCUACAAAGCUGUUAUCCUUGUCCUACGCCACCGAUCUCCGUAUCUGCAUCUGUCGCGGAGGUCGCAGCGUCUUCAACGCCUAACUACUACUCAAAUCUUUCCUAAAUCCGGACAGAAUUUAUGAUGAUAAUAAAGUGGUAUCGAUACCGGUAAUGGUGGGUGAUAAAUGAAUCGGUGUGUGAAGGUGUGGGCGAUCAAUGGUGUUUGAUCUCGUUCGCUCUCAGUGACAACCACUCAGACGAGAAGCGUUGAUCGGAACGGAACGCAAAGAAGGGAAAACGGUUAGGAGAAAGAAGGAAGGCUCGCAAAUCUUAGCGAGGCUGGUAUGACACAGCAGCCUUACACAUAUAUAUAUAUAUGUAUAUAUAUAUAUACAUCUAUAUAUAUCGUAAGUAUAUAAUGGCUGGAAAUAGUUAUACACAGGACACACAAAGGGCACAUCAUAGGCAAUGAAAAGUUACGGCUGAUGAGCGCGUCCUAAAUAUUCUUUCCUGUGACAAAUCACCAGGAGAAGUAUCAUAACAAUCACGUAAACAAAGCGUACUACAGCAACAUGCCACAGUAAAAAUAACAACACCAAAACAGUUCGAAGUUUUACACGGGGUGGGGGGUGUAUACUAUAGCAAGUCCAUUGUUGUUAGUAUAUCCGGCAAUCAACGUCGCAUCAGUAGACGGUGCGGCAAAACCGUUAAGAUGAAUAAGGCUACAAUAGGUUCCGUGAAUUGGACUGCAAGAAAAGGGAACGAGACUAGUUCAAGACGGCCUUGAGUUGUGUGUUGGAGUUAUGGCGCAGGUCAAGCAUGUUUACUUAGUCCGAGUUGCAGUCGAUGGCGAACGCAGCGGUUAUUACAAUUAUUAUUCAUCUAUUAAAGUAUACGAUAUAGAUGAACAGUUCAUGCAAUGAUCCGAUUGAGCGGGGCGACGCGGCCGAAUGUCAACGGUGAGUCGUUUUAGCAACACUAUAAGCUACAACCCACAUCUCUUGUCAAUGGGCACCUAAUUGUAAGAAGGGGGGUGUGGCUGAUUUAAAGGUCAUCGCUUGUCAAAGGAAGUGAACAAGCUGGCAGAGUGAUCCCUGAAGCGUACGAAAGGGAAACAAAUUAAAAAUACGUUACUGAGACUCAUAAAGGCCAAUUCAGUGCAGGAUCAAUGCUCCUGACCGGAAAUAAUGCGUUUGU